GUGGAAGCGCGUGCUCAACACUGAGCUGUCAAUUACUGUUAAACAAGGACAGAUAGACGUCAAUACACGCUCCUGAACUCACAGUCUGUGGACGACGCACUUCUCGAAAAUGGUGCUGGACCCUCGAGGAGAGGUCGAAUCUGGAGAAGCAGAGCGUGAAGACUGUGAAGACACACAGCAGGAGCUCAAUUCACCAAACCAGACCAGCAUGGAGAUGGAGAACUUGGCAUCCACCAAUAGCAGCGAUGAGGCUUCCAGAACCGACCAAUCUGAGAGUGAAGAGAGGACAUUUGUGACCAAUCUGUACUGUUUUAUGAAGGAAAGAGGCACGCCGAUAGAGAGAAUUCCCCAUCUUGGCUUUAAACAGAUCAACCUGUGGAAAAUCUACAAAGCUGUGGAGACUCUUGGAGGAUAUGAUGCGGUUACAGCGCGGAGGCUAUGGAAGAAUGUGUACGACGAGCUGGGGGGGAGUCCAGGCAGUACUAGUGCCGCCACAUGCACACGCAGACACUACGAGAGAUUGGUGUUGCCCUUUGAGAGGCAACUGAAAGGGGAGGAGGACAAACCACUGCCACCCUCCAAACCUCGCAAACAGUACAAGAGGAGCCCUGAGAACAGGGGAAGUAAGCCAGAGAGCAAGAAGAAGAGGAAGAUGGAGAGAGAAGAGUGCGAGGAGAAACUGGGAUCAGAUCAUCACUGUGAGAGAGGCAUGUGUUCCCAUCCCAGUUCGUGGAUGCCAUCCUCCGACUCUGAGCAGCCGUCCACGGUUCCCAGAGAGAUCCCACUCCUUCAGACCCCCAUCCCGGCUGAGGUGAUCUCUCCCUUGGAGAAGAAGAAGCGUAUGGCUCAGGCUAGCCUCACCAUCCCUGCUUCUGGCUCCGUGGAAGAUGGUACCGAGCUGGAGAGACCCUCCGUUAUCCAGCUAUCCCUCUCUUCCCAGUCUCCCGCUAACCCUUCCUCUACACGCACCCGGCACUCUUCCGAAGGCUCGCCCCUUCCCGUCUCCUCUCCGUCUGACUCCUUGUCCCGAAGCCCAUCUCCUUACUCGGUCUCAUCCGAGGACUGUAUAGCCGUGACGACCCAAAAGUCUCCCGUCAAAGAGAUCGGAAGUAAAACACCUUCUCGUUUGCCAACUCUUCCCACAUCCAAGGCCAGUAGCGCCGGGGUUUGCAAGCCUCUCGGUUGUUACCCCAACGCCAACAGCAAAGAACUUGCCAACUAUCACCACUACCAUUACCGGGAAUACCUGCAAGCUGGCCAAACCCAUCCCGAAAAAACUCAAAGGAGUCUUUUAUGGACCUCGGAUGGUAAAUCCGCCACCAGACUUGCAUCCCACAGGCUUCCCUCGCCCGUCUACACCAAAGCCUGUUGGGUUCCUCAUGCCUCAAGCUUCUCGAAAGUCUUACCACGUGAUCCCUGUAGGCUACAACCCACUUUUAAGCCACACAUGUCCUAUCAUCAGCACCUCCUAAAGAGGCCUACCACCGAUGAAGCCUAUUUGAAGAAGAUCCCAGUGUCCUCUCAGCUUCGCAUGACGACGGACAGAAAAGAGAAAGGAAAAACUAUGUUGCCGAAGCCUCUUCCUAGUACCCAGCAGUACUUCUUCCACCCCCAUGCCGGUUUAACAAUGCCCUACAUGCCAACCUUAGAGAGAUCCCGGGGAGACUUAUCCGAACAGUUGAAGGCUCUUCAACCUGUACUUCUUCCAACACAUCUAACAAUACCUAAUGCUCAGACCCACUCUAUGCAUUGUCCACCAGUGGGCACCCCCUUUCCUGGGUCUUAUGAGGCAUCUUUGCCCUCCUAUCCUUACCCGUUUCCAAUCUGGCAUUCACCGGCUGGGUACAACAUGACAGGCCUGCAGCCAUACUGAACUGUUCUGAAACUACUGGUUCUUAUGGUCUAGACUUCUAUUGUGCUAUUCUAAGUCAACAUGAAAUCAAAACUGAACCUGUUUAUUUUUCUUAAUACAUGUUUUAGCCAUGUUAUUCAAAGAAAACAAGGUCUUGAAAUGUAAUAACAUGCUCAGAGUCACCACUUAAAGUCCCCCUGUGGUGAAAAUCCAGCUUUUAAUAGUUGUUUAUAUGUGUAUGUGGUGUUUUUAAUAUGCUUUAAGACAAAGCAUGUGUAAAUUCAUAAGUCGACAGCAUUGCUGAGUAUUUUCUGCUUAAAACUGCAGUGAACCAAAGACAGUCUCAAAAACACGGUUUGAAAUCGCUGGUGUUUCUGACGUCACAAACGACCUUGUAACCAAUCAGAUCAACGUGUGAUCGUCAACCAGUGGAUCUCUGAGCUGAGUGAGUGAGUGGAGGCGGGGCUCAUUUGCAUAUUCAUAGAACCUUGUAUACUAAACGAGGCAAGGGUGUCGAGUUACAUUCAAGAUAUUUUAAGGCAUAAUAAUUAUUUGAAAAGGAAAAAACGUUCAAAUAUGUCAUUUUGGUGAGUUUUAAGGGAUAAAUUAUUGACUACGGGGGACUUUAAAUUAAACCAACGUGUGCUGGCUGUUUCAUUUC